AUGGAAUCCAGAACAAACGUUUGCUUCCUUCUCGUGGUCUGUCUCUUCACAUUCUCUGUUGCUUUGCCCCACCAACCGAUCGGAACUUCCCAAGUUAACAAUGAUGUUGAUCCGUCGGUGCCACUGUUGAGGGGGGCGAGACAGUACUACCCAGGAGGAGGUUACGGUGGAGGUUAUUAUCCUGGAGGCGGCAUUGGGGUCGGAAGCAGUCAGGCAAACGCUGCAGCUAUUUCCAGCUCCUCGUCCCUCGGCGGAGGUGGCGGAUUCGGAGGGUUCCCAGGCUCGGGAACAUCUUUCUCUGCUUCCCAGGCAGCUGCGAAUUCAUUUGGAUCAGGCUUUGGAGGAAAGUAA